AUGGUUGACCCAGUGAGUGCGAUUGGUGCGGCAGGGAGCGUCCUGCAAUUCCUCGACUUCGCUGCAAAGGUGGUAACAAAAGGGAAUCAAAUCUAUCGUACUCGUGAUGGGCUCCUGCAGGAGCACCAGGAUCUUAAUCUCGUCACCUCAGACCUCUUGUUGAUGAAAACGAAACUCGAAAAGCUCCAUCCAGAUGAGACAAUACCCGACCAACUGCUGUCUGCUUCCGUGGAACUAGCCCGGCAACUCCUAACAAGACUCAAUCAAGCCCAGGCGCAAGGCAGAUUACGAAGAUGGAAGAGCCUUCGCCAAGCAGUCAAAUGUGUCUGCUCAAAGAAGGAAGUAGACGACAUGGCAAAUCGAUUGGCAAUGUUUCGCGACCAGAUUACGUUACGCUUAAUGACAUCCGUGAGUGUCUACGAGGCUAACGUGGAAAGCACGGAAAUCAACCGAAACCUGCUGUGCCAGACAGAAGCAACAAGAAAGAUUGGACAGCAGGAAAAGGCACUCUCGUCAAUCCAAAACAGCAUCGGUCAAAUUAAAUCCCAGGUCGAGGAUGUGGCCCAAGUGGUAGGAAGAGAACACCUUGUCACGAACGAGUUUGUCAGCACGUCUCUUGACAAUGCAACAACAACACUCACGAAGCUCAUCGAAGAAUACGGCUUGAAUUUGCAAAGAACACUUGAGUACCUGCAGACUUUAAGCCCACCGCAAAACUUACCAGAAAAGGCCACAAAGCCAUCCAACAACCCAGAAACCACCGAGAUAGCCAUAUUACGAAGCUUCGCAUAUCAAAGCAUGAAUGUCCGCACAGAGGCGGUCGCUGCUGCCCACGCCGAGACCUUCCAAUGGCUAUUUCUGGGUUCAGAAGACGUCGAGCGACCAUGGGAUGACUUCAUCGAAUGGCUCGAAACUAAGAAAGACAUCUAUUGGAUAACUGGUAAAGCUGCGAGCGGGAAGAGUACCUUGCUCAAGUAUAUCCUGCAAAACGAGAAUACUCGACGAGGAUUAGAACUGUGGGGAGGCGGUUCAGAAGUUGUGAUAGCCAGCUUCUUCUUUUGGUCGCUCGGGAACAGCAUGCAGAGAUCGCAGUGUGGCCUAUUACGGUCACUAAUCUAUAAUAUCUUGCAGCAAAGGCCGAGUAUGAUCAGCCAGGUGCUUCCAAGUCUGUGGCAACAACUGCAUCGCCAGCCGCUAGAUUUCUUCAGAUCAUUGGGAUCAGCGUGGCAUGCGUGGUCCGUCAGCGAGCUCAGGGAUAUUUUGACCACACUAAUCACCCAGAACGAAAGUCUGCUCAAAUUCUGCUUGUUCAUUGAUGGCUUGGAUGAAUUUGACGGCGAUCACCGCGAAAUCGCCGACUUUUGCUGGCAACUAUCCCAAUUUCCGCACGUCAAGAUUUGUCUUUCCAGUCGUCCUCUUAUGGUAUUCGAAGAGGCGUUUAGCAGCUACUCUCAUCUUCGACUGCAAGAUUUGACUCGGAAAGACAUCGAAAGAUACGUAUUCGACAAUCUUUCAGAUCAUCCAAGGUCCAAGGUGUCACAUGAUCUUUCUUCGCAGAUUCUAUCCCUGACAGAUGAAGUGGUCAAGCGAGCUUCCGGCGUUUUCCUGUGGGUGGUAUUGGUUGUGAGAUCUUUGCGAGCUGGCAUGACGAAUCACGAUUCGCCGUCUGACCUUCAACAACGUCUAAAUGAGUUGCCGCUGGAGCUUGAUGGGAUGUAUUCCAUGAUCCUCGAGAAAAUCGAACCUCAUUUCUACCGACAGCAGGCAUGCCGUUUACUACAGUUGAUGUAUCACGCCAGAGGCUCACUUUCAAUGCUGGAACUGUCAUUUGCAGACGACCCCGAUACAGAGAUCCCCUCCAAUCGCGAUUUCUUCGCCAUGUCUCCAGUUGGGCUCCAAGAUCGAAUUACUACAACAGGCGCUCGUUGCAAAAGCCGUUGUGGAGGCCUACUCGAGGCUGUUCCGUCUUCAAGAUCGAGCGGACCGGGACGUCAUGAAUUUUGCCCGGAUGUUAACUUUCUCCAUCUGACCGUCCGGGAGUUCCUCGAGAAGCCUGAGGUAUGGUGUCUUCUGUUACGCAAUACCUCGGAAACUGACUUCGACGCAAAUCGGGCAUUACUUCGAAGCUCUAUUGUAAUGUUCAAACUUUAUCAGAGCUCUCCAGCAGUCGAAAACGCCGGCUUUGGGGAUAGGUGCACUUCCAUGAACUCUCAUUUUGACAACUCUAUAUUCUAUGCUCGCCAAGCGGAGGCUAGCGGUGGACGACCAUUAUUAACUCUGACAGAUGAGAUCAAGAGUCUCGGUCAGCACUCUCUCUACGCUGAGAAAUCAGGUCCAUCUCAGCCAUUUGUUGAGUUUUUGGUAUCUAACGGUUUAGCUCUCUCUGUGAAAGCUAAAUAUGGUUCAAGGCUCCUCCAACUUGACCGGGCGUCUUCACGGCCUCUGCUUCAAAGUGCCCUAAAGAAUUUCAACAAUAUCCCUCGACUCGCCCCAUCGAUGAUAGCUCUUCUUUUGCAGGCUGGCCUGGACCCAAAUCGGCGGCUGUCCCGGAGCAGCCAUACCGUAUGGACUGAUUUCCUGAUCUCGGUUGGCAAGGAAACAACAGGCGCAGAUUGGACUGACCGGAAAUCCGAGCUUCUCAGACCCUGUCUUGAUAUUUGCGAGCUAUUUCUGCUUUACGGAGCAAACGAACGGCUUGACGAGGGUCAUAUGAUAGGACAGUGUCGCUGCCAGGAAGGUGGUGAUUCGAUUUGGCAUCGAACGGGAGGGAGCUCUGGCAAAGCAUUGUUUCAGAUGCUGCUGUCUCUCCUCCCAAAUGACAAAGCCAAACAUUUAGAGAACCUCAGAAACCAAGCACAGAGGGCUGAUUCUUGUCGAACGAUGCCGGGACAAUACUCUGUUGGUCUCCAGCAAGGACCACAAGUCGAUAACAAUGAUCCUCGCUUACCAGAUACCUCUUCUCAGGAAUUUCGACCGGUCACGAUUCAGCGACGAUGGAAGGAAGGGUCACCAUAUGAUCCCCGGCGGAAACAAUGGUCAUCACACGAGCCUCGUUGGAAUCAAGACGUUCGUUUGCGGCACGGUAGGGGUUUUGAUCACAGAUCGGAGUGGAGCUCUCGGCCAUGGAGAACCGAACAGCGGGCUCCAAUGCAGUCCGAGCAUUUCAGUCCACACCAAGCCAGCGACAGACAUCAACAGAACUAUAUGCUUCCGCGACCUCGACAGCCCCUCUUUGUCUCCAACGAUUCACGAAACGGAGUUCGCGACAAGAGCGAUCAUCAGCACAGGGGGUUUGAGGAAGCCUCAACUGUCUCGAACCCAGGACGAGUGUCCUCUCCUGGAGGGACGAGAAAACGAGGCAGAUCUCCAGGCUUUUACGAAGUGGGGGCUCGCCAAUCCAAGCGUCGGUGGUUAUAA